AAUUCUCAGUUUCAUACAUACUAGCUCUGAAUCAAACAAACAAAAUGAGUCAGGAACAACCACGAAGGACCCAGGAACCCAUAAGGUACUGGGACGUAUUCAACGUGGUGGGGGAUUUGGCAUCACAACCUAUAGCACCGCAAGAUGCAGCCGCCAUGCAGUCAGCUGAAAACCAACUCCUGGGAAAGACACAGAGGGGGCGGGCCUGCAGCCGUGAUAAUUCUAACAUCGCUGCUGGAGAUGGUACCCCACGAGUCGGCAUAUCUAAAGUAAACAACGAUGGCAACGUUUUGGUCACGGAAGAAAUUACCGGACAGGUAGCUCUAGAGGCUGCGGCGCCGUCUAACGGCGAUAGGCCGGUGGACCAGAGUGAUGCUACUGCUAUACAAGCGGUAGAAAUUGUUUGGCAGAAGUUUCCAGUUCCAGCCCAUGAAAGUCCAACCCCAUUUCUACCGUCCUAUUGCAAAAGGCUGUACAAAGAUGGUACUUCCAUAGCAAACCAUGUUAAUGAUUUCCUUGGCAUCAUCCAGGAGUUAGCCAAUUUGGGCAUAAAAUUUGAUGAUGAGAUGAAUGGUCUGAUUCUUCUCAACACCUUGCCAGAAUCAUGGGAGAGUUUUAGAUCAACAAUGAUCAACUCAUCUCUUGAUGGUAAAAAGAAUUUGACUUGGAAGGAAAACAAGCAAGACUUGGUCUACUUUGACGUUUGUGAUCCCCUGAAGAAUAAAAGCCAAGUUUUCAAGUAUUUCCAGCAUUACCAUGCUAUGGUGGAAAGGGAGACAGGUUUGAAGCCGAAAUGUCUUCGUGCAGAUAAUGGAAGGGAAUACACCUCUAAAGAAUUUAAAGACUAUUGUUCCAAGCAUGGGAUAAGGCACGAGAAGACAGUUCAUGGCACUCCACAACACAAUGGCAUUGCAAAAUGGAUGAAUCGUACCAUUAUGGAGAAAACUAUGGACCAAGAAAAGAAGAAAACUGUCAGAAGUAGAGAUGUCGUGUUUCAUGAACAUGAGAAAAUUAAUGAUUUGAAGGAGGAAAAAGCUACAAGAAGCUCUAGACAAGGUGUAGAAGAUUUAACACCGACAAAAACUCCUUCAAGAGAAAUUACAAAUGAAGAAAAGGUGCAAGUACUAGAAGACGAGAUAGAGGAGCCAACAAUUGAAGAAGAUCAAGCAAGUGUAGAUGGAGGAAGUAAUGAGCAGGGGGAGCAACCCCAGCCAAAAGAGGAAAAACCUCAGUUAAGAAGGUCCACCAGAGAGCACAAACCAUUUGCAAGAUACCCCAAUUCUGAUUAUAUCUUGAUCAUCGAAGAGGGGGAGUCGAAGAACUUCCAUAAGUUAGAUGUGAAAGCUGCAUUUCUCCAUGGUGAUUUGCAUGAGGAAAUUUAUAUGGAUCAGCCAGAAGGUUUUGAAGAAGAAGGGAAGGAAGGUAUGGUUUGCAAGUUGAAGAAAAGCUUGUAUGGACUAAAGCAAGCUCCAAGACAAUGGUACAAGAAGUUUGAUUCUUUUAUGACGAGUCAUGGCUAUAAAAGAACAAAUGCAAAUCCAUGUGUCUACAUCAGAUCAUUCCCUAAUGGCAACUUCAUUAUCCUUCUGUUAUAUGUUGAUGAUAUGUUGAUUUUGGGACAAGAUGUUGAGAAAAUUUGCAAGUUAAAAUUGGAGUUAUCAAAGUCCUUUAACAUGAAAGACUUGGGACCAGCAAAACAAAUUUUGGGUAUGGCUAGUACCUGUGAUAAAAAGGCUAGAAAGUUGUGGUUAUCACAGGAGAAGUAUGUUGAACGGAUGCUUGAAAGGUUCAACAUGAAACAUGCUAAGCCAGUUAGCACUCCUUUUGCAAAUCACUUCAAACUAAGCAAACAAUCUUGUCUAAAUACCAAAGAAGAAAAGGAGAAAAUGUCAUCUAUUCCUUAUUCUUCUGCGGUUGGUUCAUUGAUGUAUGCAAUGGUAUGUACACAACCAAACAUUGCUUACGCUGUUGGUGUCACUGAACCAAUUCUAAAGGGAUACACAGAUGCAGACAUGGCAGGAUGCUACCUGGAGUUGCCGGCGGAGAAGCCAGUGACGAACCAGGUUGCUGAAGCUGUGAUAGUAGUGGAGCUGAGGAAUAAACCUGACAUGAACAGCACCCCAGUUGGCGUGGGGGCGACAAUGGCGACAGCCGCUAAGAUAAAUUCUCAAAACAAAACGAUUUGAAGCCUGUCCUAGAGAAGGAAAGUGGAGGCAUUGGGGACCUUGUGGUGGUGGUGGAUUGCACGGUGACUAGUUAAGGAUCUGGAUAUGCAGCUUGGCCAUUAAGAUUAUGGUUUUUGGGAAAAAAAAAAUAUAUGGGCUGAUCAGGGGUAGGGGAUUCCCUGAUUGGUCUUCUUAGUAAUUCCACUAGGACUAGUCUUUAAUAAUAAAAUUCGGCCGACUGUUUUGCUUUAUUUUCCUCUCUUUUGGUUAUGUUAGAAAUUUAUGCUUCAUCUUAUAAAGCUUUAUAAGAUGACAUAUGAAUACUGGUGUGAUUCUGUUCCUUUAUAAAACCUUUAAUUUCCA